AUUUUAUUUAGCGGUGUUCACCUUUUUACAUGUCCGCCAGGACGGGAAGCGUGGAAUAAAGCAUUUCCAAAAUGUCAGCAGGAUUCGGAUUUAAUUUUGCAAAGCCAGCUGAUGGGACAGCUAACACCACUGCUUCUGGAGGUUUUGCUUUUGCCUCAAGUACUCCGGCCAGUACAUCUGGUGGAUUGAAUUUUGGACAACCAGCAACAAAAACAAGUGCAAGUGGUUUAACACUUGGUACACCUGCAGUUUCUCAAAGUGCAUUUGGAACACAAGCUACUACGAAUACUGGUUUAAAUGUUACCCAGCCAACAUCAACAGGUACAGGAUUAACUCUUGGAGGUUUAUCUUCAACCACAUCAGCAACUCCUAGCUUGUUUGGUGCCGCUUCAACUGCCCCAACAGCUGCUUUUGGUUUCUCAAAGCCACUUACAGUGGGGAGCCAGGCAACAACUACAGCAAGUACUGGUUUGGGUCUCGGCCUGAAAUUAGGAACAACAACAACACAAAGUAGUGGUCUUGGAGGAUUUGGGCUAACCACCACUAAAUCUACUACAUUAGGGAGUGGAAGUAUAUUUGGUCAGAAUGUUGCCAAGACAACCUCAUCAGGCCUGGGUGGUAUUGGACCAACAACAACAACUGCUACAUCUACAAGUAACUCUAGCAAACCAGGGGAAAAUAAAGUAGUAAAGGAGAUGGCUGUAGAAAACAGUAUUUUACUGGAUGUUGAAGAAUUGAGAAAGUUUGUAAAAGAGGAGAAAAGUGAGAUGGAACAGAUGAAGAGGAUGUCAUCAACAUCAAUGAUAAAAGUACAGGAAGACAACGCUGCCCUCAAACAACUUCUCUCUCUUGUCUCCAGCUCGUUACAGAAAAAUGCUUGUGCUGUUGAUAAACUAAAGAGAGAAAUGACACAGGAGUUAAAGAAUGCAGAGAUGGCAUUAAGAACUAAAGAGACACCUCCAGGCUUACAGUAUGAAAACACAGCACCAACAUUAUAUUUUCAUAGCUUGAUAGAAAAGUUUGAGGGUCAGAUGUUGACAUACAGACAGCAGAUAGAGAUUCUAGAGAACCAUCUGUCCUCCCUCCAUCAGCCCAAUAGACACACCCCUGAAGAAAUGGUUUUAUUGUUGAGAAAACUACAUGAAGCAUUUGUUGCCAUGGCAGCACAGUUACAGCAAAUUCAUGAGGCUGUCAAGACUCAAAAGGAACACUAUCUUAACUUUAGGAAAGUAUUUCAUGGUGAUAACCGCAAUAUUUUUGAGCGUCAGAAGAAGACGGCAGUGAAAAUUGGUACAAAGAGUCACACAGACAUGUAUGGUCAGGCCCCAUUUCCUGCUGUAAAUAACGCUGCAGCUGUUGCUAUGGCAACCGCUCUAACACGUAGUCAACAUCCGCAGCCCACUGCAGGAGCUCCACCUGUCACAGGCAUGAGCAGUUUUCAACCUUCAUCAGGAUUUGGCGCACCUGCCUCAGGAUUUGGUGCAUUUGGAUCAACUACACAAGCAUCAACUUUCAAAGGUUUUGGAACUGGAACCAGUAACUUCGGGACAGGAACAAGUCUAUUCGGAAACAGUUCAAACCUUGCAACAACGCUGGCUGGUUCCCUGUUCACCAGUACUAUACCAGGAGCCACACCUCAACUCAAUCUCUCGUCAGAGCCCUUUCAGCUUAACAAACCCCCGGUUGGAUCUAAGAGGGGCAAAAGAUAGACGAUUUUCUCUGUAAUACGUAUAUAACAGAAGAUGGUUAUUUCAAGACAUGUUUAUCAGCCAUGGAUUAUAACAAUUUAGACAGUGUAAUUCAAGCAAAAGUAAUGUGACAUAAUGAUAUGUAUAUAACAAAAGAUGGUAAUUUCUAGACAUGUUAAUCAACCAUGGAUUAAAAUAAUUUGGACAGUGUAAUUUAACUAAGGAAAAGUAAUGCGACAUAAUGAUAUCAUUAAGAAUGUACUUACAGGUUGUAUGAACGGGCAGUAAUAUUAGAUUUAUUGUUGCUCUCAGUUUACUUUUGUUCAGCUGUCAAGUUUCCUGAUGUUGUAUUAGUGCAUAUUAUGUUAAGUGAAAUUUACAGCAUUGUCAUUUUGUAUAAAUCAAUAGAUCCAAUAUGACUAAAUUUGUCAAUACUGAUCUAUAUUCACAUGAAAAUCAAAGAAAAAAAAUUAACAAAUCAG